GUUGCUGCGUGUUGGCGGCAACAAAUUAUUUAGAUCGGCCUAUUUAUAAUCGAUAAAUUUCUUUGCCGUUUAAUUGAAAUAACUAAAGUUUUCGCCUAUAGCUUUAGUGUUAUUUUUUAUUUUGUUGAGACUUUUUUUAAUUGAGUUUUAACCUUUUAAAGCAUAAAUAAAAAAUGCCAACAAUAAGGUUACAAAGUAGCGACAGUGAAGUAUUUGAAGUUGAUGUUGAGAUUGCUAAAGCAUCAAUGACAAUCAAGACAAUGUUGGAAGAUCUAGGUAUGGAUGACGAUGAUGAUGAACCUAUCCCAUUACCAAAUGUUAAUGCAGCUAUCCUGAGAAAGGUUAUUAACUGGGCUACUCAUCACAAAGAUGACCCGCCACCACCAGAAGAUGAUGAAAAUCGCGAAAAACGUACUGAUGACAUUGACCCUUGGGAUCAAGAGUUUUUAAAAGUUGAUCAAGGUACAUUGUUCGAAUUAAUUCUUGCAGCAAACUAUCUGGAUAUUAAAGGAUUGUUGGAUGUGACUUGCAAAACUGUUGCUAACAUGAUUAAAGGUAAGACACCCGAAGAAAUUCGAAAGACAUUUAAUAUAAAAAAUGAUUUUACACCAGAAGAAGAAGAACAAGUUCGAAAAGAAAAUGAAUGGUGUGAAGAAAAAUAACAUUUUAAAAAGAAAUUAAGUAUAACUAUUAUUUAUGAAGCUUAGUAAAAAAACAUUUCUGAUUGAAAGUCAUUUCAUUAUAAUUGGGUAAGCUUCAUAAUGGUAUUCUUGAUAUUGUUUUUAAGUGUUUAAAUAUAAUAAAUACUGUUUAAAUAC